AUGGGCUCCCAGCGCAUGCCGCUUAGCCGUCCUGCCCAUUCUCCAUUCCCUUUCAGGGCGGUGUCCACCGGACUGGGCAAGGUGCGCAGCGGUGUCGGCAUGGAUGCCAUGGAAAUGCUCAGCGCUCGACCUGGUCGUGCUGGGCCCCACGCGUUUCACCUGAGACAAGGGCCGUUGCCUGCAGUCUGCACUCUGCAGACGCCGCGCGCGGUAAUGCAGGCCUGCUCGCUCGGUGUGAGGGCGAAUUUUGACUGUUGA